AUAAUAAUAAUAAUAAUAAUAAUUAGAUGAAGAAUUGGGUAGAAUGUUUGUUGUUAGGUGUUUGUUAUCCCAUACAUACCUUCAGGUGUGUUAUGGGUGAAAUGGUUUUAGUGCAUAUUUGUUAACCAUCAGAUCAGUAUCAGUUGGGAAGCUGUGAGCUGGGAAGUGAGAUGGACACUGCAGUACAGCUCAUUAUAUUUCUACUUGUCUCUUUAAAAAUAAUCAGUCUUAAAUAUUUUGGGUUAGACACUCAUUUGGAAUGCAUUGUGGUCAAACUGACAAUUAUAAACAAUGCUCCUAGAAAUGCAAAAAAUGUGAUCAGAGUAUGCAACUAACCCCAACAGGUAUGUUUUUGGGAAUUAGGAAAACCCAGAGGAAACACAAAUGUAACAGGAGCACUAAAGUAACUCAAAUAAGCUUUUCAUCAUCCAAUAGAUGAUAAUUCUCUAUAAAUUAAGGUUUAUCCACACUUACUACCAGUAUUCAACGGAUAGGCUCCAACUCCAUUGCAACCCUGACCAGCCACUGAGGUUUUACCUGGUAGUGAAGCCCCAAGCUUGGACAAAAAUGGGAGGUUUGUGUCAGGAAGGGCAUCCAGCAUAAAACAUUAAAAGCAAGCAGCAGAAGGAAAUAAAAUAAAAGAUUAAAACAUACAAAAUAUAAGAACUAUAAGACUCUUCUACUCUAAACACUAUUUCUCAACAUUUUUUGUAAUUAUGUUGCUUGUAGAAGACAACAUUCUCUUUUGCUUAUUCUUCUUAGACAAAAAUAUAUUAAUUGCUUCUCCCCCUAGGGCUUUCAAGCCACAUGCACCAAAAUUGGAUAUGUCGUAGACACCGGUCUAAAGUUUGUUGCUAUUACUUUUUUUUAAGCGACCCGAGUACCAGUACUCACAGUAGCAGGUCUCAAAAUGGCUUUUUUCCCCCCCUGAGCUAUCUACACAAAACUUGGCCUGCAUCUUUAGGAUGUUACUCUGGACAAAGGUUUAAAUUGGCCUUUCGGAUUUCCCGCAGUUCUGCCCCCAAAAUCAAAAACUACCACCAAAUGGACGUGAUAUAUCAAAAUACACAAUGAGGGUAAUUGCGUCACAGGUAUUCGGGUGACGUCACAUGCUUCUUUCCACUCGCCUCCAAAGGCAUUGUCACCCUAGAAUACCGGCCUUUGGGAAUACUUGCUCUGACAAGCCAACAUCAAUGUUUUUCACAACAAACUUUACAAAUCUAUUUAAAAAUAUGUAAUCUAAUUCUUAUUCUUUUACCAGAUUAUUUUGUUAUUCCUUGAAAUAACUUCUUGACAAAAAAUUAAAAUAACCAGAAAUAGGUUUAAAAGGUUAUAUUUGUUUAAGAUGUUCUAGUAAUCUAAGAUAUAUUUAGUAUUAAGAAUUGUGCAAUUGAGCAAUGUGUGCCAAUAAUGAAAGGUGGCAGAAGCUUGCCUAAAUUAUUCCUAACUGAUUGGAAUGAAAGAAAUUUGCUCCCUAUGUAAAAGAGUCCUUCAAUAAUUAUACCAAGCUUUUAGUCCAAUCAUAUUCAGUAUUAUUCAGGUGGAAGCUACCUUCAUUUUGUACUCACUUAUCAUAAUUUGUUGUAAUAACACUGUUAGAAGAAACUGUUAUGAUUUCAUUUACAACAUAGUAAUCAUUGCAAUAAUUGAUUCACUACAUGGUAUGAUAUUUGGUAAAGAUUAUUGUACAUACAUUUUAAAGGGAAUAUAAUGGCCAUGACUUAUUUAUGUUUAAACUUAUUCCAGUGAAAUGUAUUGUCUGAUUCCCCAUAUCCCACCCACCCCCCAAAAGAGAGUUUGCUCUGGGUGUGGUGGAGCGUACUAUCUUUGGUGUACAUUGCAUUGCUGUAAACGUCACAUUCAUAUUUCAAAAUAGAACCUUCCUUUUGUUCACCUCAAAAGAGCCUGAUUACUCAACAAUGUUCUCUUUGUAAUCCGGCAUGACCAAUGUUACAAUGCAUGUUUGAAACCUACCUGAGCACCUUUCACAUCAUUUCUCAAAAGAAUUCUUUUGAAAGCUUUUUCUACAAGUGCAGUGUUUUCCCAGCUUUGUUUAAAUGAUCACCUUUUUGGAAGUCCAUUUUACUGUGUUAACCUGUGUUGUGCAGUUCUAGCUGAUGUCCUGUGGACACUAAAUGGUGCAGUUGUCAAAAAAAUGAACACUACAAGCAGGAGUGCAAAGAUUCAUAUCAGCGUUACACCUUAGUGUAUUCUACAUGCCUGCAUAUGUGUGUGAUAAAGAUCAGCAAAUUACAAUAAAAAAACCCAUCAAGGUCAGCAACACACAAACAUGUCAGAAUGACACGGCUGGGUGUUGUCAUUAUUGGAACGCUGUCGACGAGGUAAAGGUGUAUGACUCAUCCAAGCCAUUUCAAAUUGAAGAGAUUAUAUAUAUUUGUACAGUUUGCUAGAAAAGUACAUUGUCCUAUUAUUACCUAAAAAUACAAUACACACAUACUGACUUUUGUGCGUACUCAAUUUACACAAAAAUAUUUUUACCGGAUACCUCAUACCAUCACACUCAGGAUUUGGGAACAAAUGUGGUUUAGAAACUGUACAUAUAAACACAUAUUGUUUUUGAAAUAAACAUAUGUUACACUGAAGUGGUUUAUGGUGGUGUAAUAGGUGGUAAUUUGGAAAAGUAUACAAUCCCCUGCAAUGGGUGUGGUUAGCUAUGCUAUAAAGGAAAGUAUGUCUGGAGUUUCAUCAUCCAUUACAAUGAGAGCAUCAGAAAAAAAGUUUGUCAUGCAGAACUUAGCCACUCAAUGCUAUGUUGUCUUUGCCUGGCUUGUCGUAUUUAGCUCCAGUCUACGAGUCUCCAGAACUGCUCAGGAUUACACAGGAACAAAUCAAACUCUACAGCUUGAGGCUAUUAAAACUAGUAUGCUGGAGUACUUGGGGAUGGACAGACCACCGCCGCCGUCUAGAGGAAAGUCGUCUUUUCAGGAACUAAUCAAAAUAUACCGUCAAUAUCAGAGCUUGAGGAGGAACAUGCAGUCUUUUCAGAGUGGCUCCAGUUUCUUCCUUCACACCACAGUUCAGCCUUUGACUUCUCAGCAGAAUAGUCCUGAGUCAGUGACUCAAUGGUUCAGGGCUGUUUUUCACAGAGAGUCUCAUAUAACAGACGAGUUUCUCUUGGCACAAGCACAGCUGCAACUUCAAAGACCUCUGGAUAACAAUUUUGACCAACCACUACGCAGUCAGAAAACUCUGGUUAGAAUCCACAUAACCACCCAAUCUUAUAUGGAGAAGGUAUUUAGUUCCAAAAAAUUGCAAUCACGAGGCCACAAUGUUACAAUGGAUGUGACUUUUGCAGUUACCAGAUGGCUCGGGAAGACCAGCAAUUCUUUACUAAUUGUGGACAUUGGCUUUGUUAGAAAAAAAGAAGGUGAAACUGAAUCCACUCCACAGAUCUUUUUGGAACUUAAGUUAAUGGAGGGUAAAAUGCGAAAAGCUCGUUCCACAUAUGGAGAAGACUUUGAGGAGGACAGCUACUGUAGUCGGAAGUCACUGAGUGUUUCCUUUGAGGAGAUUGGCUGGUCAGACUGGAUUGUGGCUCCAGCUGGCUACACAAUGUAUUUCUGUGAUGGUUCUUGCCCACACAAUUACAAACCAGCCAGUAUGCACACUCAGAUAAAGUCACGUCUACAUCGCUUGACCAAGGGAGCGACGCCUCGCCCAUGUUGCGUGCCAGCUGACUAUGAGCCCAUGAUUCUCAUGCACUACGAUAGCCGUGGAAAGCUAAAACUAACAUCCUUCAAUGAUUUGAUCGUUACCAAAUGCCACUGUGCCUAAAAUAUUUAUGCUAGCACAUGGUUACAGGUGUGUGUGCAUGUGUGUGUGUGUGUGUGUGCAUGUGUGUGUGUGUGUGUGUGUGUGUGUGUGUGUGUGUGUGUGUGUGUGCGGGUGGGGAGGGGUUCACUGUUCUUUUAAAUUUCAAAAAUAGUGUGCAACAAUGCUGUACACAGACAUGGUUACAUUUCUAAUAUUUCUCUGAUGGGACUCUUCUUCCUCACUGGAGAAAAUCCUGGAUCCUCAGUAUUAAACAUAAAUAAAAGCUUGUAAAUGUAAAAUUAGAAUUAUUUAUUAUAAUUUAUUAAUGACGUUUUGUAUUCUUAUCUUUUCUUAUGGAGUAGACCAGUAAACCAUUUGUGUAAGUCAUUCAUUUAGUAUUUAAAAAACAGUAUCUUGAAUAAUUUUGCUCAAUGUAUUUAAUUUAUUUCUGCUUGCUAUGUGUUUACUAUGUGAAAUAUCAUGUUUCCUGUAUCUACUAUUUUUGUUGAAUCAUUCUAAUACCAUUGUGUAUAAUGGCAGACUUGCGUAAGUGUAUUGAGCUGAUUUUAAAGUAAACAAUCUGUGAUCACUUUUCAAGGUCAAGGAGUGCCAGUAAUCAAACGUAUGACAACUCUUUUACAGUACAAUAACCUUGAACAUAUAUAUUUUUACCCCACAUGGCCUUGACUAACAAGUGAGAAGGUAAAGACCGGAAAUGAAUCAUGUCACUGUAGCCAUGUCACUUGAGCGAUACUAAGCAAAGAAAUUAAAAAGAUCAGAACCCAAGUAUUCACCCCGAGUAGCUAUUUUAUAGAGACAAUCACUUUAAAAUAGCAAUAAGGAUACAAUGGAAAUUGCAUCAUUUGGAACAGAGUCAUAAUUGAGGCAGCUCUGGUCUUAUACAUACCAACUGAUAAAACAAAAAGACUAUUCAUUUUCAUUGUUCAGUAUGUCAUUUAUUACAGCUCAUAAAAUUUGACAGUCCAUCCUUUCAAUGGUUGAUAAGGCUCAUUCUGCAGUUAUUUUCCAAUCACAGGCAUUUGUUAGGCUGAGCACACAGACCAUGUAACACAUUCCUUCAGGCACGUUGAGAUCCUCUGACGUCACAUGAGUUAAACAUGAGGUAUUUGAACACAAAUGUCUCAAAGGAAGCUAAGUCUCAUUUUUCCAGUUGGUAGAUAUGAUAUGGCAGUGUAACUAUUUACACUUCUCCAAGAUAUUAUUUUUGUUAUCUCACUGUGUUCUACUAGCCAGAAGUCUGAAAGGUAAAUGUAAUAGACCAAUAACAGCUUGUAAUGUUGUCCAUAUUAAAGAGCUGGUUUAAACUGUACUAAUGUAUAACUAUCACACUCUUCCUAUAGAAACAGGUUAAAAUGUGAGACGUUCUAAUUAAUGUCUCCCCGCAUGUGUUCCAAGGACAUCUACAGAAAUUUGAUAAAACAACAAAAUGUUUGACAAAAAUGUUGUUUUUUUAUUCUUUGAAAGUGAUUUCUCAACAAAACAUUGCUAUAACCAGCCAAAAUGAUUGGAAAGCCAUUCCUCAACGUACCCCACAGCAUUAUCCCCUGCAUUGUCUUCACUGUCUGUGUUUUUGGUCAUUACCUUGCUGAGUCUUCAUUCUAGACUGUGGUUUUACAUGCUUUUAAGCAAGUUUCUGAACUUGAACAAGGUUUCAAGAUCCUCACAGCAUUAUGCUUCCACCACCAUGUGUCAGUGUAGGGUUGAUGAGUCAUGUGCUUUCUGAAGAGUGACUUGCAUAUGGACUCUGAUUCUUACUGGACUCUUACUUCUUCCUCAAAGAUGAUGGAUCUUUUUUCUAUACUCUUCCCCAGAUCUGUGCCAUGACACAAUCCUUUCUUUUUUUUGAACGGUGUCAGCUGCCCUUUUUGACUGUAAUAGCAGAGGUUCUUCUAUCAAUGUGAUAUUUUUAAUUAUAUAUAUAUUUAAAAAAUAUAUUUUCAAUAAAACAAUAUUUGUCAGAA